AUGCUAUCGCUCUUCUAUCAGCGUAUAUCCACCUAUAUCAAAUUAUCCGCCUCAUCACUUCUCAGCGUUCUCCGUCUCUACAGGCCAUUCCAACGUCGGCGUCUUACCAUGCCUAGUAACGAGGGAUCUACUGGCUCGUCCAGCACCACAAGACCGAAAGAUGUCCUUGUGGUAGGUGGUUCAUAUUCUGGGCUUGCGGCAGCUCUGAACCUCCUGGAUCUAUGCCAAGGUCGAAAUUGCCGAUUUGCUGGCGCCUUGGAUCCUGAGAUUCCUGAACCAGCAGAAAGGGGAGAGAGAGUCCCUGUCCAAAUAACCAUAGUGGAUGAACGAGAUGGCUACUCGUUUGCGUCGGAAGAGUAUGCCCUGUCGGCCUGGAGAAAGUUCGCAGACAUUCCCGCCCUACAGACGCCAGCUAUAAAAUUCAUACAGGGUAGCGUCACUCGUGUGGACUGCGAGCGAAAAAUCUCCACUAUCAAGGAAGCUGGCACCAACAAUGAGAUCAGCCGGAAGUAUGACUACUUGGUUGCAAGCUCUGGGCUGAGACGAACUUGGCCAAGUGCUCCUCAAUCUCUGAAUAAGGAUAACUAUUUGGAGGAGGUAGGGGAGCAUAUUGCGAAAAUCAAAAUGGCAAACGGUGGCGUCGUAGUCAUCGGCGGUGGAGCCGUCGGCAUCGAAAUGGCAAGCGAGCUGAAAGAGAUGCACCCAGACCUAAGGGUCACCCUUAUCCAUUCAAGGGCCAAACUUCUGUCAUCGGAACCUCUUCCUGAUGAAUUUCGUGAUCGGGCCCUUGAACUGCUUCAUGAGACUGGCGUCGAAACCAUUUUGGGCUCACGGGUAAUUUGCACAACCCAAACUGAGCUAAAUGGGGCGGCAACUCCAAGCUAUACUCUUUCAUUAACAGAUGGGCGGACUAUUAAGGCAGGCUAUGUCAUCAAUGCCAUCUCAAAAUACAGUCCAACAACAGCAUACCUGCCUAGCAACGUCCUGGACAAAGAGGGCUAUGUGAAGGUUAAUUCAGCUCUAAACUUCACCGAUGAAGUUCCAAAUGCAAAAUACCACUUCGCGGCCGGGGACCUCGCCCUGUGGUCUGGCAUCAAACGGGCCGGCCGGGCCAUGCACCACGGACACUACGUCGGGAUGAAUAUCUACCAGCAACUGCUAAAUGAGCGGUUUGGGACGAAGCCUAAAUUUUCCGAAAUGGCGCAUGCGCCGCCGUCUAUGGCGGUGGCAGUGGGGAAGAACACUGUCGCAUAUGGGGCUGAGCAAGGCGUGGUGUCAGGAGAGGAAAUCGCCAAGAUCUUCUUUGAAGAUGAUUUGGGAUUUGGAAUUUGCUGGAGGUAUUUGAAGCUUGGAGAGGCGCCGAAAUGA